AUGGCCACCAGGUCCGAGGUUCCUGCUGCUGGGCCCCUGCUGACCUGUCCUCCACCCCCCCAAGACAUCACUGAGGACAAACUGGACAAGAAGUUGUGGCCCUUUGUGUUGGACCCGGUCCCUGCCACCAGUUCUCAGGCUGCUGUCAGCCCCUCUCCGCUGCGUGUCUCCGGCUUCUCGAAGACACUGGUGGCCACCGUACAGAGCUGCGGGAUAUGCUGCCGCCUGCAGUGCACCCCUGUUCCAGGGGCUCGAUUGGCUGAGCUGCCCGCAGACCAGGACCCAGGUGCUUCAGACCCGGGUGGAGGUAAGCGGGAGGGAGGCGUUGGCAUGGGGCAGGAUGGUCCUGUCCUGUGCGGCACUCAGCCACCCCCCAGGCCCUACGGGGAGAGAGGGCUGGUGGUGAAGUUUCCGGCCACCAGGGCCCAUUGGAUUGUGCCAUGUGAGCCAGGCCAGGACCCCUCCGCCGGAGGAGUGGGUGACGGGUCUCUCUCUCCUUUGCUCCAGGGCCCCGACAAAGCCCGCUCUCAGCUGCUGAUUGUGGACCGGAGCUUCGACCUGGUGUCCCCACUGCUGCACGAGCUCACCUACCAGGCCAUGGCCUACGACUGCUCAGCAUUGAGAGCGACACCUACAAGUACGAGACGACAGGGACCAGCGACUUGUGGGAGAAAGAGGCGCUGCUGGACGAAGACAACGAACUCUAGGUGCAGCUACGGCACAUGCACAUCGCUGACGUCUCCAAGCCAACAUCGAGGACCUGUCCCAGAUGCUGAAGAAGAUGCCCCAGUACCAGAAAGAGCUGAACAAGGUGUUUAUAAUGAGGUUGUUUCCCUCUUGGCACAUAUGGAUGACCAAGAUAAGGACAAAAUUGCCCUCAGGAUUGCCUGUGUAGCUGAGACCAAGCUGGCUAGCGUUGUAACAGUUCUGCUAGAGAAACUGCAACUGGAUGAGCAAAACAGAGUAGACAUUUAUUGUAUCCUGGAGAAGGUAUUACAGCAGGACACCGGGGACCUGGAGAGAGGGCUACUGAACAAAACAAUAAUCCUAGCCUUAAACCACAUGAGAGAGACUCAGGAAGCAACAAAUGAAGUCAAAGUGGCAGCUAGCAACACGUUAGUGACUCUGGCACACUGCUAUUUCGAUCCUGUCAUGUCUGAGCUGCUCUGUCAUCUGAAACCACCAAAUCUGCCUGAAGAAUUUGUUUUAAUUACGUUGGGAAACUUGUCAUCAGCCUAUGCAUUUAAGUGUAUCCCUUUUGUGAGAAUAACCCUGAAAGCCAUGUUCCACAUGUUGGAGUUAGUCAAUGACAGCCGGAUGAGACAAGCAUUUUGUGGUGUUCUGGAAAAAUGGUCAAGGGCGGUAAAGCUCUUUUUGAUUAACUGGGAAAAGUGCCCAUUCCCUAUAGCGGGUGAAUUGCGACUCUGCAAUCAUUUUCUUCCCAUGUAUUCUCAUGUGACCAGCAACUGGCUGACCUGUGAGGAGCCGGAGCUCAAGCAGGCAAUCAUCAAAGCCCUUGGUCCCAUGAUGAGCCUUCUGCUCCAUAAAGAGGAGUAUCGGGAUCAGAUAUUUGAAACGAUCUCAUGGCUCCUUGAACAAUAUAAGGAGGACACUCAUGUUUUUCACAUCACGAAGAGUCUGAGCCAGCUCUUGGAGGUCUCUGGUGAACAUAAGAUCCCUCUCCCUAAAAGGGUGUUUCAAGCCAUCUGCAGUGCUCUGCACAACCAGAUCUGUUCUCAAGCUAAGCCGCUCAGCACAGAAAAUCACACAGAGCUGGUCCAUUGUAUAAUUCUGCUAGCCCGUUCUUCUCCGGAGGAUCUGUUAGCAUUUCUGCACUCCCAGCUGAAGAUUAAGAAUGAGGCUGUUUGCGUGACGUCUUUGAAUCUGCUCAGAGCUAUUGUUGAUGCUGACUUGCCCGAGACAGGAGAUAAAAUGUGUCUGAUUGUGAAGGCAGUGAAAUCCACUCUGGGUGAUCAGAAUGCUACGGUGAGGACAGCAGUUCUUCAUUUCAUCCAGAAGCUGCUCAGCUUGGAAAGUGUGGAGAAUUGUGAAGCAUGGGAGAUGGUAGCACAUGUUUUCAUGGAGUUCAGAGUGUCCACCAGCAAACUG